AUCACCUUCCGCCGCGGUCUGCAAGUCCUCUCCAAGGUCCUAGCAGCGCCUGGCACCGGCCAAAAUGAUCGCAUUCCCUGCCCCCUCCUCAUCAUCACAACUCCGCAGCGACCACCGUUCGGCUCUCGGCCUCGGCCUCCUCGCUUUGUGCCUCGCACUCGGCUUGCUCGCUGUCACUUCCAGUGUUGGCGCCCCGGCGGCAUCCAGUGUUGGCGCCCCGGCGGCAGUGGGUGGUGAGACUCGCUCGCGCAACGCCUACAUCAUGGUUGGCCCGGGGGCCAUCGUGUUUGGCGAAGACAGUAAGAAACUCGAGGACCCCUGCAACCUCGCUCACCAGGACUGGGACAAGUUUGUCGCCAAGUUUGGCGUGACGCCGGAGGCAGCAUGCCACGGUCAGGCCGCACAGAAGGGCGCGCCGGCAGUCGACACAGGAGAUGUCCACGUUGGGAUGGACGCCAUCGCCGUCAACGGGGUGUCCGUGGGCACAUCCGGAGUCAAGGCGGGCGGCGUGAGCGUCACGCCCGACGGCGGCGUCGACCUCGGCGGCGGCGCGGGCGUGGCUCCCUCGUCCCCACCGCCCGUCGGGACCGAGCAGCCAUGGGGCAUCCUGCUGCCCGCCUUUGUCGGCGGCGGCGGCGACCUCCGUGGCGCCAUCAAGGCCGCGUCGGCGGCGCUCGGCGGCGGCGAAGACGAGGAGGGCGCCGAAGGACAGGACGAGGAGAAGCCGGAGUCUUGGUACGUGAUGGUCGGGCCCGGCUUUGGGGCUGCCAACCACGACAAGGCGGAGUGAGGCGGGCGAUCGAGGCGCGGCAGCAGUGGCCCUAUGAAAAUUUGCUUCGACCGCACAGCUUGCGCCGCGCCGAGCGCAGAGCGUGCUUCCGAGGAGGCCUUGGUAUAUCCGAGUGCCGCACGAGAAAAGAGAAUUCCUCCCCGCUUGCGUGUGUGCGUGUGUGUACUGCGACUCUGGUGACACUCCCGCUUUCCACAUGCACAUGCACAUGCAGUUACGUUUGAAUGGCACACUAC